AUGGCAGCCCCCAGGGAAAGUAGCCUCUUCCCUCUCAAUCCCUACCAUAUCCCUGGCUAUGAGGGUUUCAUCCCUCAGUACAACUACCAGUUUGGAGAGACUUUUGGCAAAACCACGUACCGCCUGCUAACAGAUCCUACCAUUGCGAGGAGCCCCCGGCCCCUGCUGGCGCCGCUGCACAAGCAGAAGUUCAUCGAGGACUUCAGCGGGACCACGCACGGUGUCCAGGGCUAUCUCCCCAGGCGGCUAGGGUACGUCCCCUAUGAGAAAUCUGGGGCUGCAGCAAGCCUUCCUGAACUGCCCCUUGGGCCCAAACCUCCCUCACCGAGGCCGGAGCCAGCAAAGGAAGAGCUGAUGAUAGCGACACACAUGGACCCCGAGCCCCAGCACCACCCCGGCAUGGACAUCCCAGGGAUGCGACUGCCUCAGGGGUACCUGCAGGGGUUCUCGCACCGUCCUGCCUCUGAGGAGCAAGAGGGGCGAUUGCCCGAGCUGACCCUGGCUUGUGGAAGAACAUGUGGACCCGGCCAGCUGGGAAGCAAACUGCCCAUAAAUAUCGAAGGCGUGAUACUGCCAGGAGUGGCUGAAACCAUGGAUCUGGAGCAAGAGAAUUGGUUACCAAGACUGGAUGUGCCAAAUGCGAUCCAACAGAAAGUCAUUCCAGGUUACGCUGGAUUCAUCCCCCGCCUCACGUGGGUUAACGGCGUCAACUACGUCCAGAGUGUGAAGGAAGCAAUGACUGAAUUCGACCGACAUCAGUUUUUGCAGAGAAACCCGGGUUGCAGCUUUGGCAGAAGAUUUCCCCAAACGUACUGGCCUGACAACAGAAUUUACACCAGUGCUGGACUGAUACCUUUCUACACAGGCUUUGUACCAG